AUUGUAGCAACGCGUGUUUUCAUUGGUUGCAACAAGAAGCCUGCUUCAGAUGGUCUGAAAAGUGUAAUCGUUUUCUUGACCUGUCACAUUUUAUCCACGAUCGUCUGUAUUUUCUAGAUUUAAAAUGAACUUUAAAGAAGCAUCCGCGAAAUUAUUUAAUGAGAACCCAAAAAUUUCUCUUUUUGCUGCAGGCACAGCUGUUGCGGUUCUUGGACUCACGUUUGGCUAUAAAUAUAUCCGUAGAGAGAAGAAGUUAACUAAAGUUGGAGUUGUUUCACAGUUAUUGAUUCAUCCGAUGAAGUCUGGGAAAGCUGUGUCGGUGGAGACAGCUGAAUGUUUGCGAAUGGGACUGAAAUGUGGCGAACUGCAGGAUCGUCACUGGCUGGUCAUAACGGAGGAUGGACAUAUGGUGACAGCCAGACAACAGCCCCGUCUGGUAUUGGUAUCUUUGACCUGUCGGGGUGGUCAGCUGUGUCUCAGUGGACCCCAGAUGGAGGAGUUAAGAGUUCCUCUUCAGCAGCCUAAUAAUAAAGUUGUGGACUGCAGAGUGUUUAGUAUGGAUGUCCAGGGGAGAGACUGUGGGGAUGGGGUGUCUGAAUGGCUUACUCGACACCUGGCAUCAGACAAGACUGUUCGUCUAGUUCAUUAUGAACCCUAUCUAAAGCCCCAAAGGCCUUCGGUGAAAGAACCACUUUUUCCUGAGGAUGAAAAGGUGGCUUAUCCUGAUGCAGCUCCCAUCAUGCUGAUGUCUGAGGCUUCGGUUAGAGACCUAAAUAGCAGGUUGGAUCAUGAAGUCACAGUCUCUCAGUUUCGUCCCAGUAUUGUGGUCAAUGACUGUGAGGCCUUUACUGAGGACAUGUGGGAUCAUAUUCAGAUUGGCCAAGUAGAGAUGAAGAGAGUGAUUGGAUGUGGAAGAUGCAUUUUAACCACUGUUGACCCUGAGACUGGAGUCAUCAGUCGUAAAGAACCCCUCAACACGCUCAAAACCUAUCGACUGACUGAUCCUAAGCAGAAAACCUCACCAAUACUGGGACAGUAUUACACAGUCAAGAAAACAGGCGUCCUUCAUGUGGGGGAACCUGUUUUUAAGAUCACCUAUUGAAAUGGUCUGAACAGGACAUGUGGUGACGAAUUUACGAGCAAUAACAGUAUACACACAGACUUAAUCAAUGGUCUUGUCUUCAUUUUUAUUGAAGAAUGAAUAUAGAUAUAUAGUAAUAUAGAAUCAAGAUUACUUUGUAAAAUGUAAUAUAUUGCUGUAGAUCACUGGGGUACCAUUGCAUCUUACAAAUGUCCGUGUUUUAUAUUCCACAUUAAUGAACUAAUUAUCUGUGAAAAGCAAGAGCCUAUGUGCCUAAAAUAUGAAAUAUUUUUCAGUAUUAAUUAUUUUGUGUACCUCACAACAUUGUGUAUUUGUGUAUUGGAAAGAUAAUGUUUCUAAUACAAAAUUUAACUAUUAUCUAUGUAUGAUUAUACUUAGUAUUGCAUUUUGUCCUAUUUGUAAUUUCUCGUUACAACUCAAACCCACAUUAUUAUUUCAAUACAGUCGUUGUCUAUAGUAGUGUUUGUGAUAUUGAAAGGAGUUGUGUGACAUGAGCAAUCCCAAGAUUAGGAGUGAGAUGAUGAUUUAAGCGUACCACCUUAGACAUGUGAAACACUCAGAACAGAAACAUGUUGCUACAUCGCACAACAUGUUUGAAAGACAAUAGCUUGCAUAUGAGAACUACAGUAAUAGCAGAAUCACAAUAUAUACGGUAUACCUGCUAAAAUCAACAACUGGAAGAAGAAAACAUUUUUUAAAGGUUUUUAUGUUAAAUCAUUGCAAACUAAGUUAAAUCUGAAUGUUUUAGUCCAUAAUAUGUGUAUAUUUACAAUACACAUGCACUCACAAGCACACACAUGUAGUCAUGAAGCCGCUUAUUAGGUUUUUAGUCAUGCUCUUGAUAGUGUUUUUUCCAAAAAAAGUGGUCUUUUAACCAAUGGAAUAUCUUUGGCGUUAACUGUGAAGAGCUGCAAUCUUCUUGAUAUUUGGGAAAACAUCCAGUAGAUGGUGCCAUUUCAUUCGUUUCAAUGCUUUUACACUAGUAAACAACUGAAAUGACUAUGAAUAUGAACAUACAUAAAUAACAUUUUUGUUGUAUCACAUUUACUGUGCAUUAAUAAUUAUUUGUUUAAAAGAAAAGAUAUGCUUGAUUAUAUUUGUUUAAAUACAACAAGAUAAGUAGUUAUUUAAAAAGUAUUAUUUACUUAAACUUGACGUUUAAUUUUAAAGUAAUUGUUAUUCAAUAAAUAAUUUUCUUUUCCUUUAUUUUAGCUACACCUCCAUGUGUUAUUGCUGCUAUUAGAUGUUGUCCAAUAGCUGUCUGGAGCAAAUGUAGCCUAUAUGUUUUUAUAUUAAUAGAAAUAAAAAAUAGAAAUAAACUACAAAAAUAAAAUAAAAACAUUUUAAUGAUUGGUAAUAAUUAGCGUCAAUUUAUAAGAAAUACAAUUUUAUUAUCUUUUUGUAUUUACGUGUUUCUUUAACUAGAGACAUUUUUAAGAAACUAAAAGUGUGUUUACUUACUAAAUAUAUUCUUGUGGUGAAUUUUUGGUCUAUGACCUAUACAGACUUAAGACAUAGUAAUAAUUGUAAAUUAAACAAAGAAUCAAAUAAACAUGAAACAUUUUAAUAUUAACAAAUAUAGUUUUUUGUACAACACAAGAUACUUUGUAUUGAUUUUACAAAAUUAAACCCUCAUUGUUGUUUCCAUUGUGACACUAACAUGUUGCAAAAUCAUCCUUUCUUUGGUGUUAGUAGAAAAUCAAGUAGUAAGAAUAGGAAAACUGACUUUAGAUGAACUGAGAAAAGCCCAUAUAGUUGAAAAUUUAAACAUUUUUACUGCUAUAUCCAUGCAUUUUCCCGUAAAGUGUUAAGUGAAGCACAAAUACUGUGUAUCUCAUUACCUUGGCAAAUGGCUCUUGCCAGCAUAUUUGUCACUCAUUCAGUAAACACUCCACACAGGCUCUUAAUGGGUUUUUCACUGGAAAGGGACGUUCAUCAUUUCUUUCGGAUGCUACAUUAGCUCUUCCACAUGAAAUAUCUCACUAAGUUGACAACUGUAUGGCUUAUUAACUUGGUUUGCAAAGGUAAUGACAUGUUUUGGCUUCAAUUACUUCUGGGGCCUCUCGUUUUAUCCGUUCCUGUUACGCAAAUUAUUAUUUGAUAUUGUUUUUACUCUUUAGCGGAUAUGGUUAGCUAAUUAUUAAGGUAAAAGACAUGUUGGCAAAAGAGCUAUUAAACACUUUGCUAGCAGUUUGCUGUACCAUGGUGACAAUAUUAUGAUUGUGUCUGUCUUAUUUGUAUAUUUAUAAUGUAAUUUAUGAAAGAGAAAAUGUCAUCCUAGAUGUUAACCCUUCUCCUAGUUUAACAUGCAGAGUCAAUUAUAAGCCAUUGAUCAAUACCUAUAUAUCAAUGUAACCUGACACUUACAGUAUGCUCAAUGUAAAAGGUCAAAUGUAAAACAUGUUCAAGUUUUUUUCUCAGAAAUAUACAGUGUUUCAGAAUGUAAGAUGUUUUCUGGGUGAAAAUUCCCCCAAGGCAAGAAUUGACUCCAAUGUCUCUACAAUAUUCCUGUGUUAAAAUAUGGGUAGGUUGUGUCAUUACAGGGACUGUAAUGUAAAAAAAUUUUGCAAGUAAAUGAGAAUUUUGGGGAAAAGUUGUCACUAGUUCACAGAAUGAAACAAAAACGAUAAUUUUACUAAUGUACCCGUAAAUAGUAAAUUCAGAAAAACACAAAAAUAAUUGUGGUGUGGUUUCUUAUUUUUUCCAUGGCUGUAUUUUUUUUUGGUGAUGCUGUGGCGCAAUAAAAAAAUACACAUCUUUAAGGGGAGGUUUGCUCGAGGUGGAUGGACUGUCUGUAAUUAGCAUGUAAGAAACUUACCGUUUGAAUGUGUAAAAGACCAAAUGAAAAGCGUCUGCUAAAUGGCAAAAAAAUUACAGACAGAAUUCCAGACGUUAAAGUAAUUACACACUGUAACCCUGAGGGUUGUCUUUACUUAAACAUUCACACCUGACUUAAAAAUCUUAUAAUGUACUCAAAAUGUUUUGCUGUGUGCAAGACCCACAAGCCCUAUAUUGACUGAAUAAUUUGAUUAUUGAUGCUUACAAAAAUGAAAUUAACAGAUUUGGCAUUCAAAUAGUUUCUUAAUACGAGUUUAUAUACAGGUUUAAUCUCUUAGUAUUAUCAAUGUUUGUGAAGUCACUGCUCAGGUGUUUGUUUGCUUUAUAAACAUGAACAAUGUACAACACAUCUUACUUUUCUCUAUAUGACGUGCAUGUCAUCAAUGCAUGUCAAACAAUGAGUAAAAAAAAUCUAUCAGUGUUCUUCUGUCUUCUUUAGCACUGUAUGAAGUUUUUUGGAGACCCCAUUACUCAAUUACAUUGAGUACAACCAACUUAUUCAGAAGGUAAAGUAAUGCUUUUGAGUCGCCUGUGCAUUAGUUUAGCCAACUAUACAUUACAUAAAAAAUUUAGGGCAAAAAUUAAACUGUAGUUAACUAAUUACAUUUUACACUGCACAGGGUGUCCGCGGAUCCUUAAAAUGUCUUAAAAAGUCUUAAAUUCCAUAAUGUCAAAAUAAGGCCUUAAUUAGCAUUAAAAUGUCUUAAAUCCGCGUUUCCAAGGUCUUAGAAAUGCAGUCGAACCGACACUGUAAAGAUGAUUUUAUUUUCGUUUUAAAAUCAUGUACGUCUAUUUGUCAUGCAGAACAAAUUAGGCAGAACCAACUAACAAAUAAUACGUUCACGGGGGGUUCGUGAGGUGAGUGGACUGGAUAUUACCACAUGGAGAAAAGUUGGAGCUUUAGCCAUGGGGAAGUCCAAAUUUGUUGCUAUGAAAUUGGUGUCACGGUCCUGCCUUCUUGUUUCUGAAUUUCUAGUCAUGUGGCAGGAUCGGGACAGAGCCCUUAGGUUUUAUGUGAGAAAGCCAUGAGUUGUUUAUGUUUUUACAUCUCAUGUGCUUUCUCGUGUCUUGUCAUUGGCCCCGCCCCUCUCAUUUCUAGUAUUGCUUCCCUGCCGUGUCUAAUGUUUCCCACCUGCCCUCGUCAAUUAUCCUUCGUUUGUCUUCCCUUUAUAAUGCCCUCAUGUUUCAUUGUCCUGUGCUCGUGCGUUGCGUUAGUAGUGUUUCCGUGUCGUGUGCCCUGCUACCAUACCAUGAGGAUUACCUGUUUGUGAAUACCCUUGUCUUGUCUCGCCUUGUCCUACCUUGCUUUUCUUUUGACGUUGUGUCACAUAUAGUUUAGUUUGUUUUGCCCCAUCGUGGGAAGUGUUUUUUUCUCGUCUUGUAUUUUAGUUGUUCUCGUGUUGACACCCCCUCGUGGGUUUUUGUUUUGUCUCCGUUGUGUUUAAUAAAUCUGUUAACCCCUUCACCUCUGGCUGCCUGCAAUUGGGUUCUGUUCCUCACACCCGUGACAAUUGGUCUUAAAUUUCAUUCUGUACGGUAUUAAAAAGGUCUUAAAGUCUUAAAUCUGACUCUCAGAAACCAGCAGAUAACCUGCUGCAGCUUGCAAUUCUGAGUGACAGGUACUUGAAAAAAAUAGUUUUACAAAUUGAACUAGUGUAAUGAGUUUAGAAUUGUGUUUGACUUUAGUGUAUUUCAAAAUGUAAGUUGGAUAAACUUAACCAGUCAAAGUUACUGGUUACCCUUGAGAAAGGAUACUUAUUGACAGAACAUUGACCCUAUAGUGACCAGUGGGGUAUUGAAUUGGGGGACAUAAAUUGGCAGUUCAUGCUUCUCAAUACUCAAAUUGAUACCGCCUUGUUUCCUCGCUUCCAUGUCCUCCAACCCAACCUAAUUGUCUAAUUGGACCAUGAGGUGGCGAGAAACGAGGUGUAAGGAUGCUUCCAGAGGAGUCAUGAGUAAGGAUACGCAGAUGUAUCCAUUGUGGAAGGGUUCAGGCUGAACUAAAGCACGUGCGCACCCAUUGCCAACAAAACACAGACAUCAGUUUCACUCACCGCAUGCGGUUCAUGUCCGGCAUCUUUUAUUGCGGGGACGGCUCCAUAUAUCAGUUUCAAACGAUCUCCAAAUCCAGCGUUAUAUCCUCCAUUUAUAUAACAUUCAUCACCCAAAUGCAGUGAACAAACAAACACCUGAACUUCGCGAACGUAUGCUCUCUCUCUCUCUCCUGCACACAAGUGAAAGUGACGUCUGCGCAUGCUCCUUCUCCUGCUCUCCUUGCUGAUGCGUGGGUGUGCUGCGUGCUUUUCCGGGAGAAUUGUCCAAUAAGGAACUAAGAAAAAUAGUUACGAAACAGUAUAUCUUCAAAAAAACUUUCCGAAACCUGUACGAUCGCUGGGGGAGUGUAUCGAGCACAGAAAUACUACGUAAUACGCCCAACUCGUUUUUUGACAAGUUGACCAUGUUAAGCAUGAGAAGACAGCACGUUUAACAUUGUAAAGUCAGAAUGCAUGACACACCGUUGCAGCAGCCCAAGUCAGGACUAGGCCUUAGUGAAAGUCGGAUAUUUAAAUAGCUUUUAUAAAAAUACCUAGAAAAACACUUCUUGUCAGUUCUUUGUUCUUCAAAAUUUAUUUUAAGAUUUGUCGGUGGAAGUUAGCUACAACAGCUCAAACAUCCAUUUUAGUCUGGGAUUAGGCUUAAGCCUUGUCUCUGAAACCAGGCAAUACAUUUUAAAGCAUGUUUUGUAUUUUAAUGUAGGGCUAGGAACUUAAACUUGCGUAUGUUUAUGUUUAAUACUCCUGUUAUUAGAUAAUACAGUAGAUAAUGAACUAAAGAGCAAAUAUAAAUGCCAUUUCACUUAAUGCUUUGAUGUCCUCACAUUCUUGCAUCCUUCGGGGAUGGAGAAAAAGGAAGCAAGAAAAGGAGGAUGCAGAAAUAAGAAGCGCCCUAUGUUGAAAUCAGUGGCAUAGGUUGAGUGUUGGUAGGUUUGCAACUUAAAAAAACGUUUAGUUAUUCUCAGACAGGAAAUUUACACCAAACAACUUGUACCAUCCAUUUGAUUCACUGGAAUGAUAAUGAAAGAAUACAAAAAACAUGAAGAAAGAAUACAAAAAACAUGAACAUAGACUUGUCGUGAUUCUGCCUCGUCGUGUCAUGUCUGUCUUGAUCUUGUGGUAGAAUCACGGCAGGAUCCCUUGUUAUGUGUGGAGAGAGUCAUUUUGACCCUGUCGGCCUUCGAUACUCUCUCCGGUCCUUGUCUGUGUUCCCGCCCUUUUGUAUCUCUCGUUAUUGGUUGUUUAUUAGUUCAUGCCCCACACCUGUUCCCCUUUGAUUUGUCCCUCUAUUUAAUGCCCCUGUGUUCUCUGUCUGGUGUCAGAUCAUU